UCUUCUUCUUCUUCUUCCUCCUUCGCCGCCACUGCUCCUUCACUGAGCAACAAUUCCUAGACAUAGAGAGAGAGAGAGAGAUGGAAUCUGCAGUGGUCGCCAGCCCGGCAGUGAUCAAGGUCGCGGCGAUCUGCGGCUCGCUCCGCAAAGCUUCGUUCAACCGAGGCCUCCUGCGUUCCGCGGUCGAGAUCUCCGAGCGGUCGGCGAACGGGAUGCAGGUGGAGCUCAUCGACGUGUCGCCGCUCCCCAUGAUAAACACGGACCUCGAGGUCGACGGCAGGUUCCCGCCGGCGGUCGAGGCUUUUCGCCGGAAGGUCCUGGAAGCCGACAGCAUCCUCUUCGCUUCCCCCGAGUACAACUACUCCGUCGCUCCACCUCUAAAGAAUGCAAUCGACUGGGGAUCUAGGCCGCCGAAUGUAUGGGCCGGUAAGGCAGCUGCCAUUGUGAGCGCGGGAGGAGGCUUUGGUGGGGGACGAGCGCAGUAUCAUCUCCGUCAAAUCGGAGUCUUUGUCGACCUUCAUUUCAUCAACAAGCCCGAAUUCGUCGUGAACGCAUUUCAGCCCCCUACGAAAUUCGACGGGGAGGGGAACCUGGUCGAUCCAGAGACGAAGGAGAGACUCAAGCAGGUUCUUCAAGCACUGCACAGGCUUACGUUGCAACUACAGGACCGGUGACAUUCUCUGCAACUCAGGUGUCUAUUCUAUUCAGUAGUGCUGAGGACAUGAAAUCGAUGUCUCGACAAUGAACACCAAUUCCGUAAUUGACGUUAUAAGCGAAUUUGCACGGGCUGUAUUAGUAAGGAAAAAUUCCUCCAGGACAGCACGAUGGAGCGGAUUCCAAUGUAUGUGGGCUUCUGGUUUGCGGGCUAAAGUUUGCAAGGAUUGACAUCUCCAGUAGCGUUAAA